AUUAUGCAAGAAGACCCGUUACCAGAAGGUAUGGAAAUGAGAUAUACAGCAGAAGGCGUGAGAUAUUUUGUUGAUCAUAAUACAAGGACAACUACAUUCCAAGAUCCCAGAGGAGGUCCCAGUAAAGGACCAAAAGGAGCAUAUGGUGUAUCUAUUCAAUAUGAACGUAGUUUUGUGUGGAAAUUAGGACAGUUCCGUUAUUUAUGUCAUUCUAAUUCCCUACCAGGACAUGUUAAAAUAACUGUAGCUAGAGAAAAUAUGUUUGAAGAUUCUUUUGCACAGAUAAUGAGAUUGAAACCAUUUGAUUUAAGAAGAAGGUUAUAUAUGAUCUUUAAAGGUGAAGAAGGUUUAGAUUAUGGUGGUUUAGCAAGAGAAUGGUUUUUCCAUCUAUCACAUGAAGUAUUAAAUCCUAUGUAUUGUUUAUUUGAAUAUGCUAGUAAUAGUAAUUAUUGUUUACAAAUUAAUCCUGCCUCUAGUGUCAACCCAGAUCAUUUACAUUACUUCCGUUUUAUUGGAAGAUUUAUUGCUAUGGCAUUAUAUCAUGGUAAAUUUAUAGACAGUGGUUUUACUCUACCUUUUUAUAAGAGAAUGUUAAGUAAGAAGUUAAGUAUUAAAGACUUAGAAUCAGUAGAUCAGGAAUUUUAUUCUUCUUUGUUAUGGAUCAAAGAGAAUAGUAUUGAAGAAUGUGGUUUAGAGUUGUAUUUCUGUGCUGAUUUUGAAAUAUUAGGUAAAAUAGAACAACAUGAAUUAAAACCAGGAGGUGCUGAUAUUAAAGUUACAGAUGAAAACAAAGAAGAAUACAUCAAUUUGAUGACAAAUUGGAGGUUUACUAGAGGUGUUGAAGAACAGACUAAAGCUUUCUUAGAAGGUUUCAAUGAAGUUGUUCCUUUACAAUGGUUACAUUAUUUUGAUGAAAGAGAAUUAGAGUUAAUGUUAUGUGGUAUGCAGGAAAUAGAUGUUGAUGAUUGGGAAAGAAAUACUAAAUAUAGACAUUAUCAACGAAAUAGUAAACAGAUUGGUUGGUUCUGGAAGUUUGUGAGAGAAAUAGAUAAUGAGAAAAGAACGAGAUUAUUACAGUUUGUAACUGGAACUUGUAGAUUACCAGUUGGUGGUUUUGCUGAAUUGAUGGGGAGCAAUGGACCUCAGUGUUUCUGUAUAGAGAAAGUUGGAAAAGAAACAUGGCUACCAAGAAGUCAUACAUGUUUUAAUAGACUUGAUCUACCACCAUUCCGCAGUUAUGAACAAUUAGUGGAAAAAUUAACUUAUGCUAUAGAAGAAACAGAAGGCUUUGGACAGGAAUAG